CAUGUCCAAGAUGCCGGCCAAGAAGAAAAGCUGCUUCCAGAUCACCAGCGUCACCACGGCCCAGGUGGCCACGAGCAUCACGGAGGACACCGAGAGCCUGGACGACCCGGACGAGUCCCGCACCGAGGACGUGUCGUCCGAGAUCUUCGACGUGUCCCGGGCCACGGAUUUCGGCCCCGAGGAGGAGGAGGAGGAGAAGGUGGAGGUGGUGGAGGAGGAGGUGGAAGGGUGCGAGCGCAGCUCCUCAGAAGAGACGCUCAACAACGUCGGGGACGCCGAGACGCCCGGGACCGUGUCCCCGAAUCUGCUGCUGGACGGGCAGCUGGCCGCGGCGAUGGCCACAACGGCGACGGCGACGGUGACGGCUCCCGCCAACGAAGGCGCCGCUUCUGGCCGCCCCGCCGCGUCCACCUCGCAGCCCGCGGCCUCUUGCAGCUCUCGCUUCCGCGUCAUCAAGCUGGACCACGGCAGCGGCGAGCCCUACCGUCGGGGCCGAUGGACGUGCAUGGAGUACUACGAGCGGGACUCGGACCCGCUGGCCCGCUCCGGCGAUUGCAUCCGGCACGGCGGCACCUUCGAGCCCGCCGCCGACCGGGACAGCGGCCUGGGCGCCACGGCGGGCUCGGUGGUGGCAUCGGCCACGGCGGCCUCCUCCUCGCUGCCCGGGCCGCACGGCUCCGACUCGGGGCCUGACAGCUCCCUGCCACCCCCUGCGGAGAAAACGAGCCAGCCAGGGCCGGCCCCGUCGCCCGGAGGCGGAGCUGUGGCCCCCGGCUCGAUGCCCAUGCCGCCUCUCUUCCCCGGAGCCCCGCCGGGGAGCGGGCCCCCAGUGGGCCCCAACGGGGCAGGGCUGCCUCUGGCUUGUGUCGCCCCAACGCAGCCCGGCCCCAUGCCCUUCGCCUACUCCCAGAUGCCGCCGCCGCCGGGCCAGGCCUUGCCCGUCCAGGCCACGGGCCCCAGCGAGUUCUUGCAGCCCUCCAGCCCUGCACAGCCCGCCGGCUCCGGCGUUGCACCAGCAGCAGCGGCGGCGGCGAGCCUUCCUCUGAGCAAUGCCUCCGUGGGUUGCACGGCUGUCCAACCCGGCGACCCCGCAGCCCCGGCUGGAGUGGCCCCUGCGGCGGUGGCAGGCGCGGGCCCGCUGGGCUUGAUGCCCUCUGGGGCCGGCCCGCCCCCUUCCGUGCCUCCUCCGCCUUCCGUGGGGUCCAGUGGGAUGCCUUCCGUCGGGCCGACUGGCCCUCACGCCGUGGUGCCCGGAGUUGCCAACGUGCCUGGUGUCUCCACCUCUGCUUCUUCUGUUACUACGAUGCCAAAUGUCCCCGCGGCCCAGCCACCCGUCAGCAGGAGCAGCGGCAGCGCCCUCCAGCAUGCGGGGCUGUCCUUGGCACAAGGUGCAACCAGCGCGCCCACGAGCCUCCCGCAGCCUGACCUAAGCCAGUUUCACACUCAGACCACCCCGCCUUUGGCCGGGCCCGUCGACGAUACGAGAAGAAAAUCCGAACCCCUACCUCAACCACCGCUCGCUCUCAUUGCUGACAAUAAGCCUGCUGUGAAGCCUGUUGCCGACGCCCUCGCCAACCCCCUGCAGUUAACCCCCAUCAACAGUCUCACCACUUCUGUGUUCAGCAUAGCCAUCCCCGUCGAUGGUGAUGAAGACAGGAAUCCUUCAACUGCUUUCUACCAAGCGUUCCAUUUGAACACGUUUCAGGAAUCAAAGAACCUCUGGGAUAGUGCAUCUGGGGGAGGUGGUGUAGCCAUUGACAACAAAAUAGAACAAGCAAUGGAUCUGGUGAAAAGCCAUUUGAUGUAUGCAGUAAGAGAAGAAGUGGAAGUUCUAAAGGAACAAAUAAAAGAUUUAGUGGAAAGAAACUCUUUACUUGAACGCGAAAAUGCACUGUUAAAAUCUCUCUCCAACAAUGAUCAGUUAUCCCAGCUCCCAGCCCAACCGGCCAAUCCUGGUAGCACUUCUCAGCAGCAAGCAGUGACAGCACAGCCUCCGCAGCCAGCGCAACCUCCACAGCAGCCGAAUGUCUCCUCAGCAUAACGCUUUCUUGCCUCGUUAAAGAAACAAACUGAAAGCAAUCUAUCCUUGUGUGCCACUGGUGUUAUUUUCCUCUUUACACGAAAGCAAGUAGCCAUGCUUUGGUUGUGUUUGGCCUUUUCAGUAUUAGACAAUCAUUCUACCAGAGCUUUUCUCUCUGAGAUGUCACGCAGCACUGUCCAUGUCCAGUUCUGUCAUCACACGCGGGG